ACUCUAGACUUCUUUGCUCCACGUCUGACUGUGGAGUCCCUGAUGGAGGAGAUGGAGAAAUGUAAGUCCCUCUCUGCUCCUGGGCCUCAUGGGGUCCUACUGGUGUUGAAGCGUGGGGAGUUCACAGAGGAGAACAGAAACACUUUCAAGUUGAUCCUGAGUAUAUUUGGUAAAGAGGCCUUCAAGCACUCAAUGGUGAUUAUUACUCACGAGGGAGUCGCAGGAAAUCCUCAUCUGAGUCCAAUGAUCCAAGAAUGUGGAGGAAGGCAUCAUGAAAUGUACAAACAAGGAAGUGACCACAAAGAGUUAACUGAAAAGAUAGAAAAGAUGGUAGAGGAGAAUGAAUGGAGAUACCUCACCUCCAAUGAAGAGACAACACAUGAUACCAUGACACCAAAGGCUCAGAGACUGAACGUGGUGCUGUGUGGCAGAAGAGGAGCUGGGAAGACUUCUAUAGCCAAUGUCAUACUGGGUCAGACAGAGUCCAGUCCAAAGUCCAGCUCCUCCUCAGUGUGUGUGAAGAGAGAAGGAGAGGUGUGUGGUCGGCCUGUCACCCUCAUCGAGCUGCCUGCUCUGUAUAGAACACAUCGCACUGAGGAGGAAGUGAUGCGUGAGACUUUCCACUGUGUCUCUCUCUGUGACUCUGGAGUCCAUGCUUUCCUCCUGGUCGUACCUUUGGGUCCACUCACUGAUGAAGACAAAGGAGAGUUGGAGACCAUCCAGAAGAUUCUCAGCUCACGAGUCAAUGACUUUAUCAUGGUCCUGUUUAGACAGGAUUACAUUCCAGUUGAUAAAACUGCAGUUGACUUUGUGGAACAAAAUGCAGACACAAAGCAACUGAUCAAGAUAUGCGGAGGGCGGUAUAAAAUCUUUGAUGCUUUGAAGAUUGAUAACACCAAGCAGACGACAGAACUUGUAGCAGAAAUAGUCAAAAUGAUGGAUCAGAACAGAACCUGCUACACUCUGUACAUGUACAUGGAGGCUAAACACCAAUCAGAACUGGAGGAAAAUAACAGAAGAAUCAAGGAUUUAGAGAAGAGAAUCAGGAACAUGUCACAAGGUGCUGAAAUGGAGUGUUCCAGCACAGAGUGCAUAAGGGUGGUGCUGAUUGGGAAAACUGGAAAUGGGAAGAGCGCCUCUGCAAACACUAUCCUGGGCAGAGARGAAUUUYAGUCUGAAUCCAGCKCUGAUUCUGUGACAWCAGUUUGCAAGAAGGCAGUCGGCAAAGUUGAUGGAAMAACAGUUMCUGUGGUGGACACKCCUGGRCUUUUUGACACAACARUGUCUAAUKAAGAUGUUCAGCAAGAGAMAGUGAAAUGUGUUUCCCUGUCAGCUCCUGGACCCCAUGUGUUUAUCAUAGUGUUGUGUGUCGGGAGAAUCACUCAAGAGGAGCUGGACACUUUGGACCUCAUAGAGACAACCUUUGGUCCACGGGCAGGAAUGUUCUGCUUAGUUCUGUUUACUAGAGGAGAUGACUUGAAAAAGAAAUCAAUUCAAGAUUACAUUGGGAAKAGCAAGKAUGKCAAACUGAAAAAACUGAUCKGAGAUUGUGGAGACAGARRCCAUSUCUUCAACAACAAKYACYAKAAUAACCMCACACAGGUCACUGAGCUUCUUAAGAAGAUUAACAAAAUGGUGUCCAUGAACAAGGGCAGUUUCUACACCAAUGAGAUGUUCCAGGAGGCAGAGGCAGCCAUUAAACAAAAACAGGAAGCAAUACUGAAGGAGKGAGAGARGGAGAUAAAYGCUGACAUMGAGAAACUGAAYGUUAGCCAUGAAACAGACAUGGAAAAGAUGAAGUCAAAGUUGGAAGAGGAGAGAUUGAAAGUUCAGGAGGAAAGACAGCUGAGAGAAAAACUGUUGAGAGAGAGAGAAGAAGCUAUAAGAAAAGAGCAUGAAGAAAAGGAGAAAGCAGAAAGAGAGUUGGAGGACAAAAAAAGGAAAGAAGAUGAAAAGUUGAAAAAAGAAAUAUGGGACAGAGAAAAAGAGAAGAUGGAAAAAGAGAUAAAAACUCAGGAAAUAAAGUUGGAGAAACAACAAAGAGAAAAGAAAGAAGAAUAUAAAAUGAGGAUGGAAAAACUGAGAAAAGAAGAGAAAGACAAAGAAGAACAGCUUCAAAAUCAAGAAAGGAAGUUUGAUAAACUAAAAAGGGAACAGGAAGAAGAAAGUAAAAGGAGAGAGAAAGAAGGACGAGAAAGUAAGACAAGAGUGGCAAAGCAAAAUAGAGGAAGCAGAGAAAGGUCAAACAGAACUCCAAGAGGUCAUGCGUAGAGAAAAAGAGGAAUGGGAGGAACAAUUGAAGAAA